AUGCGACGAGUGCAACACGGCGUGACAUCAAGCGAGGCGUCUGAGCCGAAGACGCUGCUUCCACCUUCCCUCCCUGCCAGGCUCGAACACGUUCUUGAGCUGAUACAGGCACACUUUCCCAUCCAUUGUGUCGCUUUCGAGUGGCCCCUGCCUCUCGAAGUACCAAUUUUUCUGGACAAGCUGCCACAGAUCAGAAACGGUCAUUACAAAGCCAGCACCAGAGCGAAGACCGAGUAUAUCAACACCAUUCUAGAAGCCUCCGUUGAAACCGCCGUCCCGGAAGCCUCCGUCAAAAUCAUCGAAACCGUUUCCGAAGCCUCCGUCGAAAUCGUCGAAACCGUUUCCGAAGCCUCCAUCAAAAUCGUCGAAGCCGUUUCCGAAGCCUCCAUCGAAAUCGUCGAAACCGUUUCCGAAGCCUCCGUCGAAAUCAUCGAAACCGUUUCGGCCUCUGUCGAAAUCGUUGAAACCGUUUCGGCCUCUGUCGAAAUCGUCGAAACCGUUCUGGAAUCUUCCGUCAAAUUGCGGAUCACGGACUAUCAGCGGACCAGCCGCAACCAGUCCAGUAAACGCAGUGGCGAAGGUAAUUAA